AUGGCGGAGGCGGCGUUCCUCACCACGCCAGACUCUGGUGCUGCGAGCGUUCUGGCUCGCCUGGCUGCGAAGGAGGAGGCGCGCCGGGCGGAGCGCGCGCAGCGGCAGCAGGAGUCGGCGGCGCUGUCUGAUCCCCGGGAGGACGUUGACCACCACUUGUCAGCCUUCAAUAAAGAGCACGCAGCUCUCGCCGCACGUGCUACCGCCGCGGCGGCGGCAGCCGCCGAGCUGGCUAGCCCAUCACCCCGGCCAGACCUGCAACAGGAACAACAGCAGGGAGAUCCGCAGCAGCAUCGUGCCGCCCUGCAGCAGGAGCUGGAAGAUAUCUUGGCCGGUGUUGCUGACCUAGAGCAGUCCACAUCGGCAGCAUCCUACUACCUUCCCAGCUAUGAUUUGAAGCAAGCAGCAGCAGCGCUGGGUGACGUCAGGGCAGCCAUUGAAACCACGCGCACUGCACUUGCACCGCGCCGCAAGUUUGCAUUCAGCCGCCGGCCAGCUGCUGGCACUGCAGCGAUCAACACCAGCGUGGCAGAGGCCGCGGUGUCCCCGGUGGAUCAGCGACUACCCCUUGACCAGCAGGGUGGGCAGCAGCAGCAGCAGCAGCAGCUGCAGCAGCAGCAGCAGCCGAGUGCCUAUGACCUGGACCUCAUCGCCUCUGGUCACGGCCUUCGGGGUCUACACGGCGCCAUCAUUGUGCGCAAUGCAGACGACCUGGGCGGCCGCGAGUUUGUGCUGUUUGACCUGGAGGGCUGCGACGUGUUCCUGCUGGGGGAGAUGCGGGCGCUGCGCGCAGCGCGCCUGACGCGCUGCCGCGUGUACGCGGGCCUGGUCCGCGGCGCAGCCUUUGUCGACAGCGCUGACGGCUGCACGCUUGCUAUUGCGGCACAGCAGGUGCGUGUCCACCACACAACCUCAUGCGACCUGUACCUGCGCGCCGGCAGCCGCCCCAUCAUAGAGGCCUGUGCAGGCCUGCGGUUUGCGCCACUCACCGACGCUGACCUGGCGAACCUCAGGCUGCAGGGCGCCCUCACGGCUGCCGCGAGGCUGGGAGAGGGUGACGGCGGCGGUGAUGCAGGCCAGGAGCUUUGGCGGGCGGUGGACGACUUUGGUUGGGUCAAGGCCACCCAGUCUCCCAACUGGGCCGUCCUGCCAGAGGGCGAGCGUGCCGCAGCGCCAGUCCCGCCCCCCGCACGUACCUUGGAUGAGUGUGCAGCCGACAACGUGCUCAUCAGCCCUGCGGCAGCGGCGGCGGUCGCAGCUGCGGUUGUGGCGGGGGGCACGGUUGCAGCGGCAAAAGGGGCACAUGAAUGA